CGCGUGGAGCUCAGCCCCAUGCAGAAGAAGUACUACAAGUACAUCCUGACGAGGAACUUCGAGGCGCUGAACUCGCGGGGCGGGGGCAACCAGGUGUCACUGCUCAACAUCAUGAUGGACCUCAAGAAGUGCUGCAACCACCCCUACCUGUUCCCCGUGGCCGCCAUGGAGUCCCCGAAGCUGCCGAGUGGCGCCUACGAGGGCGGGGCCCUGAUCAAGGCCUCGGGGAAGCUGCUGCUGCUGCAGAAGAUGCUGCGCAAGCUGAAGGAGCAGAACCACCGUGUGCUCAUCUUCUCCCAGAUGACGAAGAUGCUGGACCUGCUGGAGGAUUUCCUGGACUACGAGGGCUACAAGUACGAGCGCAUUGAUGGCGGCAUCACCGGGGCCCUGCGGCAGGAGGCCAUCGACCGCUUCAACGCGCCGGGGGCGCAGCAGUUCUGUUUCCUGCUGUCGACGCGGGCCGGGGGCCUCGGCAUCAACCUGGCAACAGCCGACACCGUGGUCAUCUUCGACUCGGACUGGAACCCCCACAAUGACAUCCAGGCCUUCAGCCGGGCUCACCGCAUCGGCCAGGCCAACAAGGUGAUGAUUUACCGCUUUGUGACGCGGGCCUCGGUGGAGGAGCGGAUCACGCAGGUGGCCAAGCGCAAGAUGAUGCUGACGCACCUGGUGGUGCGCCCGGGGCUGGGCUCCAAGGCCGGCUCCAUGUCCAAGCAGGAGCUCGACGACAUCCUCAAGUUCGGCACCGAGGAGCUCUUCAAGGACGAGAACGAGGGGGACAACAAGGAGGAGGACAGCAGCGUCAUCCACUACGACAACGAGGCCAUCGCGCGGCUGCUGGACCGCAACCAGGACGCCACCGACGACGCCGACGUGCAGAACAUGAACGAGUACCUGAGCUCCUUCAAGGUGGCCCAGUAUGUCGUCAGGGAGGAGGACAAGAUCGAGGAGAUCGAGCGGGAGAUCAUCAAGCAGGAGGAGAACGUGGACCCCGACUACUGGGAGAAGCUGCUGCGGCACCACUACGAGCAGCAGCAGGAGGACCUGGCCAGGAACCUGGGCAAGGGCAAGCGCGUGCGCAAGCAGGUCAACUACAACGACGCCGCCCAGGAGGACCAAGACAACCAGUCCGAGUACUCGGUGGGCUCCGAGGAGGAGGACGAGGACUUCGAUGAGCGGCCCGAGGGCCGCCGUCAGUCCAAGCGGCAGCUGCGGAACGAGAAGGACAAACCCCUCCCCCCACUGCUGGCCCGGGUGGGCGGCAACAUCGAGGUGCUGGGGUUCAACACGAGGCAGCGCAAGGCCUUCCUCAACGCCGUCAUGCGCUGGGGGAUGCCCCCCCAGGACGCCUUCACGUCGCAGUGGCUCGUGAGGGACCUGAGGGGCAAAACCGAGAAGGAGUUCAAGUAGGUGACACCUGG